CAUUUUUAUACACGGACAAUCAUCCACUGCCAACAAACCUCUAAGACUACAAUCAUCUUUAGUAACUUCAGAAAAAAGACUGCCUUAUAAACUAUAUAUAAGUGGAGAGGGUUGGUUCCAAUAGUUGUAUUCUCACCUUUAAGACUUUUCUUUUUCUCAUAUUGCUAAGUUUCUCAUCAGUACCUUCUAGAAGAGGCAGACGAGGGAAUAGAAAGGGGGUAAUAAUGGCAGAUAAAGAUGAAGUUCUGGAGGCUCUCAAAAAGGAGGCUGUUGAUUUGGAAAGUAUACCACUAGAGGAGGUUUUCCAGAAUCUGAGGUGCAACAGAGAGGGGCUUACUUCCCAAGAUGCUCAGAGGAGACUUGAAAUAUUUGGUUAUAAUAAGCUUGAGGAGAAGCAUGAAAGUAAAUUCCUGAAAUUUCUAGGAUUUAUGUGGAAUCCACUUUCAUGGGUGAUGGAAGCUGCAGCAAUUAUGGCCAUUGCUCUUGCCAAUGGAGGAGGGAAGCCAUGUGAUUGGCAAGAUUUUGUUGGGAUUAUUGCCCUUCUUUUUAUUAAUUCAACGAUAAGCUUCAUAGAGGAAAAUAAUGCUGGUAAUGCUGCUGCUGCUCUCAUGGCCCGUCUUGCUCCCAAAGCAAAGGUUCUUCGAGAUGGAAAAUGGGGUGAGGAAGAUGCUGCUGUCCUUGUUCCAGGUGACAUAGUCAGCAUAAAGCUUGGGGAUAUUGUCCCUGCUGAUGCACGUCUCCUUGAUGGAGAUCCAUUGAAAAUAGACCAGUCUUCUCUAACAGGGGAGUCUCUUCCAGUAACAAAAAACCCUGGAGAUGAAGUUUUUUCAGGAUCUACAUGCAAACAAGGUGAGAUUGAGGCAGUGGUCAUUGCCACAGGUGUCCAUACAUUCUUUGGAAAGGCUGCCCACCUUGUGGAUUCCACUAAUCAAGUGGGACAUUUUCAGAAGGUCUUGACUGCAAUAGGGAACUUCUGUAUUUGUUCCAUUGCCGUGGGCAUGAUCAUCGAAAUCAUUGUCAUGUAUCCCAUUCAAAACCGGGACUACCGUCCAGGAAUUGACAACUUGCUUGUUCUUCUGAUCGGAGGCAUUCCAAUUGCGAUGCCAACAGUUUUAUCUGUAACGAUGGCAAUUGGCUCCCACCGUUUAUCUCAGCAGGGUGCCAUCACUAAAAGGAUGACUGCCAUUGAGGAAAUGGCAGGCAUGGACGUGCUGUGCAGUGAUAAAACUGGAACCUUAACAUUAAACAAAUUAACUGUCGACAAAAAUCUGAUUGAGGUCUUUGCAAAAGGAGUAGAUGUUGAUUCCGUGGUCCUAAUGGCUGCUAGAGCUUCACGGGUGGAAAACCAAGACGCAAUUGAUGCUGCCAUUGUGGGGAUGUUGGCUGAUCCUAAAGAGGCGAGAGCUGGAAUUCAAGAGGUUCAUUUCCUUCCGUUCAAUCCAACUGAUAAGCGAACAGCUCUAACAUAUCUUGACAAUGAAGGCAAAAUGCAUCGAGUCAGUAAAGGUGCACCUGAACAGAUUUUGAACCUUGCACACAAUAAAUCCGACAUACAGCACAAGGUUCAUUCUAUCAUCGAUAAAUUUGCUGAGCGAGGAUUGCGUUCUCUUGCAGUAGCAUAUCAGGAAGUUCCUGAAGGAAGAAAGGAGUCUCCAGGAGGUCCAUGGCAAUUUAUUGGUCUCAUGCCUCUUUUUGAUCCACCAAGGCAUGACAGUGCAGAGACAAUUAGAAGGGCCUUAAAUCUUGGGGUGAAUGUGAAAAUGAUCACCGGUGAUCAACUAGCGAUUGGAAAGGAGACGGGACGCCGUUUAGGAAUGGGAAACAAUAUGUAUCCUUCUGCUUCUUUACUGGGCCAGGACAAGGAUGAGUCUAUUGUAGCUAUGCCUGUUGAUGAGCUCAUCGAAAAAGCAGAUGGUUUUGCUGGUGUUUUUCCUGAGCACAAAUAUGAAAUUGUGAGACGUUUACAAGAAAAAAAGCACAUAUGUGGCAUGACUGGUGACGGCGUGAAUGAUGCACCUGCUUUAAAGAAAGCUGACAUUGGAAUAGCUGUUGCAGAUGCAACAGAUGCUGCGCGCAGUGCUUCUGAUAUAGUCCUCACUGAACCUGGACUGAGUGUCAUUAUUAGUGCUGUAUUAACUAGUCGUGCGAUCUUUCAGAGAAUGAAAAACUACACGAUUUAUGCAGUCUCCAUUACUAUCCGUGUAGUGUUUGGCUUUAUGUUACUUGCUUUGAUUUGGAAAUUUGAUUUCCCACCUUUCAUGGUCUUGGUUAUUGCAAUCCUUAAUGAUGGCACCAUAAUGACAAUAUCGAAGGACAGGGUUAAACCUUCUCCUUUGCCAGACAGCUGGAAACUUUCAGAAAUUUUUGCAACCGGAAUUGUUCUUGGUGGUUAUCUAGCAAUGAUGACAGUCAUUUUUUUUUGGGCUGCAUAUGAAACGGACUUUUUUCCGCGUGUUUUUGGAGUUGCAACACUGGAGAAAGGUGUUGCUCGUGACGACUUCAGAAAGCUCGCAUCAGCAAUAUAUCUACAAGUGAGUACCAUCAGUCAGGCACUAAUCUUUGUGACACGAGCUAGAAGUUGGUCAUUUUUUGAGCGUCCAGGCCUUUUGCUUGUGGCAGCAUUUCUUCUUGCCCAACUGGUCGCUACUCUUAUCGCUGUGUAUGCAAAUUGGAGUUUUGCAGCAAUUGAAGGGAUUGGAUGGGGAUGGGCAGGUGUAAUUUGGCUGUAUAACCUUGUGUUUUACAUUCCACUCGAUUUUAUAAAGUUCUCCAUCAGAUAUGCAUUGAGUGGGAAGGCCUGGGAUCUACUUUUCGAGCAAAGGAUUGCAUUUACAAAGAAAAAGAACUUUGGGAAAGAAGAACGCGAGCUCAAAUGGGCACAGGCUCAGAGGACCCUUCACGGGCUGCAUCCACCUGAGACUGAUUAUGGGGACCGCAACAGUCAUGCUGAUCUCAACCAAAUAGCAGAUGAGGCAAGACGAAGAGCUGAGAUGGCAAGGCUUAGGGAAUUACGCACUCUGAAAGGGCAUGUUGAAUCAGUUGUGAAACUGAAGAAUCUUGACAUUGAAACAAUACAACAAUCAUACACAGUUUGAGAGGAUGAUGAGAUAUUACAUCCAUAUGAUUAGGGGAAGUCUGAGUACCCAAAGUUGAAAGCUAAGUAGCAUGUUUUGGCUUAAGUGUGGGGUCGUCCUGACCCUUAAUGUUGAGGAUUAUGCUUCUAGCUAGGCCCUAGAGGGUCUCAGGGAGUAUUUCUUACCCUUGUUUUAUUUUUUCUCUACUAUACAUGCUUCGAGGACAAUGCAUAUUUUUAAGUGUGGGGUGGAUACUUCUGAUUAUUGAGGUCAAGGAUGAUUAUGCUAUAGGAUUUUUUAAAUUUUAUUUUUAUUUCUUAGCCAUAUAUAUUAAAAAAAACAGAAAGCUAAUAAAAAUUCAAAUAGAUUUUUGAAUCUUUGUUCGUUCUUUUAUUUUUCUUUUAUAGCUUCUUUUUCCCUUUUAGUGGCAUUGAUCAUCCACCCCUUGGGUUUUCUUAUGGCCUCGGUUCUUUCCCGAUGGGGGCCCUUUGAACCGGGUAAUUUUUUUUUUAGGAGUAAUUUAUUUUUAGGAGUCCUAAAGGAGAGAGAAGAAAGACCCCUUUGAAUUGUUUGAUACUAGCAUAUUUAGGCCUGAGCUUGUGUAAUACGUUCCUGUGAGUGCUUGAGUAAUGAAAACGUUGGCAGACUUUCUGACACCUAGCUCAUGGUUGUGACUCUGUAUAUAGCUUGUUCUUAUUUUGCAGUUCGUCAUGAUCCUAUCUGUCUUAGAAUAGAAUUGGUCCAUCUUGAUUGACACUUGUGCCAUGUGUGGUGAGGAAUUUCUACAUUUAUUCCAUGUUUUGCAUCAUAGUCUUGUCACGCCCCAAAACCCACCCUAGACAUGACCGGCAUCCGACGUCAUGAACAACAUCGGAAGAACCUAAAAAAUGCAAUAACAAUAUUUGAACCCGCCAGGUUCAAUAUUCGCCUCCAACAGUUUAUAAAAUAAAUGUAACAAGUCAUGAAUAUAUGAAUUAAAUCAGCGGAAGUCUUUAUUCACCAAAUACUUAGUCAAACGUAAUAACGUGCCCGAGAGUUAAUCAAUAACUCAACAACUACCCACAAGAACGUAUACUAUGAAGCUUCUAAGAUAAUGAGAAAUGUCUAAAUCAUCGGGAUGCAGCCCAAAACUAAAAGAUGAAAAGUAAAGAUAGAAUGGUGCCCCAUGAACAAUCAUGUGGGCUCACCGAAUAGUCUCGAAAGCAGCAAGUUCUCUUAAGUCGUAGGCGUAUCACGAACCUGUUCCUCAAUGAUACCUAACAUACCAUAAAAAACAACAAUGGUAUGCCUGAGUACUGGGUACUCAGUGAGUGUCUAAGGAGCAAUAGUUAACAAAACAAGAUAUAGUGAAUGAAAUCAAUAAAAUGAUAUCAAUGAAAAUAACAGUUCAAACCCAGGAAUAAAGAUGACAGACACAUUAACUUAACUCCUUACCAUUUACCAAGCCAAGUAUUUCACUGACGAAUUCAAAUCACCACAAGCCACUCACAGGCAACAAGAUAUGAAACAAGCCACUCACAGGUAGAUCAAUCAAUCGAUACUCCGGGUUAGGAAAUCGCGGAGGCUAAUCGUCCUCUGGACUAGCACAGCCAUAGAUACUCCGGUCUAGAAAGAUACGGAGGCUAAUCGUCCUUUGGACUAGCACACCAAUAGAUACUCCGGGCUUGGAAGCAACGGAGGCUAAUCGUCCUCUGGACUAGCACAGCCAUAGAUACUUCGGUCUAGGAAGAGACGGAGGCUAAUCGUCCUCUGGACUAGCACAGCCAUAGAUACUCGGGUCUAGGAAGAGACGGAGGCUAAUCGUCCUCUGGACUAGCACAACAAUAGAUACUCCGCGCUAGGAAAUAACGUAGGUCAAUCGUCCUCUGGACUGACACAACAAUACUCGUAUCAAUACGUUAGGAUCUAUAAUGGCUAAUCGUCCUCUGGAUUAGCACAGCUUGCCCAUACAGGCCCAAACACCAACAAAAUACAAAUCAUGGCAUAUUACCGAAUCAUCAAUCAUGUCUUAGAGCCGAAUAUCACUUCUCAAGUCAUCAUCUCAAAAUGGAGACAUUUCAAGUCAUAACUGAUUUAGAAUCUUAUUCAAAUCUCUUAUUCAAUUUCAAGUUCAAGAAACCCAUUCAACAACAAAACAAGUUUAAGGUCUAACCUUUAGAAGAUUAAGUUCAAUCAUCCAAUAAUGGAAAAAACGAGUUUCACAAAGUAGUAUAGUUCGUAUAAGGUUCGAUGCGGGCUUGACCCUACACACGCAUGACCUCGUCUAAAAGAAAUCAUCUUUAAUUCCAGAAUAAAUUCCACCAAACAAGAGUUAUAACUUAUACAAACAAUCAAGGAAGGAUUCUUAAAUACAAUUCAUGCUUUCACAAUAUAAGCGUACUUCACAAGUAGACAUAGUUGAAAAGAUGAUUUUUGGAAUAUAGACAUACUUCAAGAAAGAUUUUUGGGAAAUUCUAGACAUACAUGAAAAGACGAAUUUUGAAAUAUAGACAUACAAAACACCUUCAUAGUCAAAAGGAUUUUU